CCAAAUAGUUACUGUUGGUUAGUCUCUCCAAGAAAUCAAUUGAUUUCUCUCAAAAACAUUAUCAUGGAAAAGGAAGAUACGAAGUUGAUGAAGCUUGAAAAAAUGGACAAGGAUGACUACCCUGAAGAACUCAGAGAGCAAGGAGCAGCAGCUCUACUUCUUUCCUGUCUACUGCACACAAGGCUUAGCUGCAAAACUGCUUUGGCUUUGGAUAAAGUGAAAAGCAAUAUCCUUGGUGGUGGAAGGAGGAACCAGAAUUCACACUCCAGCAGAAGGCGUCCAAGAGUUUCUCCAACUCAAAAUCCUGGAGCUGCGGUCAGAAGAAACCAUUUUGAUGAUCAACAAGGUGAUCAAGACAACAGUAAUGCUGCUGCUAGAAACUUGCCAGGAGAGCCACCACUACGAAGCCUAGAAGUAGCUCUCAGGCUCAUUGAAAACUACGACCCCCAUGAAGUCCCCUCAAUUCCAGGUUUAAAUGGGAUAAUUGGAAGAUGCAGCAAGCCUUUUGAAAAGCAGUUGACAGAGAGUGAUUUGAGGGAUGAUCAAAGCAGGCUGUCAAUUAACAAAGCAGAUGCACAAAAGUACCUCUACCCAUUGCUGAAUGAAGAUGAGAAUCUUGCUGAAGGAAUCAACGUGACCACUUAUGACCCUAAUGGCAAGGAAUUCGAGAUGGUAUUCAAGAUCUGGGUGUCCAAGAUUCAUGUCCUCAUUGGAGGGUGGAAAGCAUUCUUUCAUGAGCAUCAGUUGAGGAAAGACCAAGACUUUGUUACUCUGUGGAUGUUUCGAAGACUAGAUACAGAAAAGCUUUGCUUUGUGAUCAAUUGGAGGAGAUUGCCAGGUGUCACCACACCGAUUAAAAGGAAAAGGGUCAGGAUGAAUAAGUCCAUGGAUCAAUUGCCUUGCUGACCAGGGCCGGAACUAGGAGGGGUUUGCAGGGCAGGAGCCCUGAAUUUUUUUUCCAGCUUUUCUCCUUCAAUAAACUAUACUUUUAUUUU